ACAAUAACAAUAACAAUAAACAUGGGGGCUUUUCGAUCUAUUUUUCUCAUAACUUUUGCUUUAGUGUUUGGUUCUUCCCAUGCUGAUCCAGACUUUCUUCAAGAUAUAUGUGUUGCCGAUCUUUCUUCAGGAGUGAAAAUGAAUGGGUUCCCUUGCAAGAACCCCAAAACUAUAGGAGCAGAUGACUUCUUCUUUGCUGGAUUAGCCCAAUCAAGUAUCCCAAACAACACUGUGGGGUCGCUUGUCACAGCGGCUAAUGUGGAAAAAAUUCCAGGUCUCAACACCCUUGGCGUCUCCAUGUCUCGCAUUGAUUAUGCCCCUGGUGGGGUCAACCCUCCCCACACCCACCCACGAGCAACAGAGAUAGUGUUUGUUUUGGAAGGUGAACUAGAAGUUGGCUUCUUAACUACAUCCAACAAGUUGAUAUCAAAGGUGAUUAAAAAGGGUGAAAUAUUUGUGUUCCCUAAAGGAUUGGUGCAUUUCCAGAAAAACAUUGGGUGGACGCCUGCUGCUGUUGUUACUGCCUUCAAUAGCCAAUUCCCAGGAACACAAUCCAUCGCUGCCACUCUAUUUGCAGCCUCGCCAACAAUUCUUACUGAUGUAUUGAGCAAAGCGUUCCAAAUUAAUACCAGCGAAGUUGAGAAAAUCAAGUUGAAACUGAAACCUAAAAAAUAGAUUAACUUAACCUUUAUAUUUGUUGCCAAUGCCAGAAAAUUAAACAAGGAUCACAAAGUUGU